UCCCCCACCAUUGGGACGCCCGAACAAAGGGACGAGGCUACGUCGGCGGAGUUACUAAGAUCGGUACCAUUAGAAAGUCGUUGAUGGUUGUUGGGUGCGGUUUGUUCCGUGCGUGUCGGGUAAGAACGUGUCGGUCGGUCGGUCGGUUGGUUGGUCGUUCGUUCGUUCGUUCGGUCGAUCGGUCGGUUUGUUGAUUGAAUUGAUUUUGAUUGGUUGAUUCAAUCUCCUAGUUACUUUUUCUUUCCGUUCGUAAUUAACGCGCGCAUGAAUUUUGCGAAAAAACUUCACGAAGAAAACUACCACCCGAUUCAGUUUUGUUUUUUUUUUUGUUUCGUUCGGGGGAGAAUAAGUUGUGCUGCUAUCAACGAUAAUAAUUAUUAACAAUAAGAGAGAGAACGAGAAAUAUAUAUCGAUAUAUAUAUUAUUAUUAUUUCUAAUCCAAUAUUAUUUCGUGGAAAUAAUAAAGUGGGAUUGAAUAUAAUUUGAGAUUAUAAAUAAAUCACGGUUUUUAUAUAUAAUCAGUAAGAUUUCUUUCGAAACCGAUUUUGAAACGGUGAAAGAAAGGGAAAAACGACGUGAAUAAGAAUUAUAUUAUCGAAAGGAUAUUUCGUGUAUUGUGAUUGGAGAAAUAGAGAGAGAAAAAGAGAAAGAAGUAAAAAGGAAAAUUCGUGGAAAGCGUCCUGAAAUUUUCUCUUCUAUUUGAGAGAGGCAACGUUUUUCGAUUGGUUGUCAUCGUCCGUUGUGUCUGAAAAGGACGACGAGAUAUACCAGGAAGAGGGAAAAAGGGAGAGGGAGAGAAUAUACAGAGAGAACUAACUUGGUGGUGUGGCGUCGCGAGAGGUAGAAUCGACGUGGCUGUGGCGGCGACGGCGCCAUUUUGUAGAAUAUUUUCGCGUGCAACAGCAGCAGCAGCAGUAACGGCUUUUUUCCGUUAAAAUUUUAAUCGAAGAGAUAAUAGAUAUCUUAAGUUCGGCAAAAUUGAUCGAUUAUCAAUAUCGCCGAAGGAAAGUUGGUUAGCGACGGAAAAAUUGGUGAAAGGAUUAUUGAAUGGGAAGAAGGAGAGCGUUCGAAGAAGAAAAGGAAAAGGAAAGGAAAAGAAAAGAGAAGAGAAGAUAAGAGAAAAGACGACAACAAUAAAAGGACAUCAUCGUCGUUCUUGCGGUGGAAUCGUAAAAGAUUCGACUGCGAAGAAUAAUAGUAUAUUACAUUUGUGAGAAAAUACUAAAGGGUGAAAGAGAAAAAAAGAGAAAGAGAGAGAGAGAGGGUGUGAUUGUGGGGGAAAGUAUUUGUAAUAAAAAGAAUUCAUAAUAGAUAUCAAAGAUGAGAUUGGAAAUAGUCUCGGCGGCGGAUUUUUUGGUCCACUUGCUGCGCCUGCAGGCUGGACAACUUUCUGAGCGACAGCUCGAAAUGUUCAAGUCAUCAUUGACGGAGGUGUUGCGGCAUCGUUAUAGGGAUCAUUGGUUUCCGGAUCGUCCGAAUCGUGGCUCGGGUUAUCGUUGCAUACGGAUUAAUGGGAAAAUGGAUCCCGUUAUAGCACAGGCUGGUGCUAACGUUGGAUUAUUACCGGCUGUAUUGCACAGCUUAUUCCCGAGCGAAUUGACGAUGUGGAUUGAUCCGUCGGAGGUCUCUUAUAGGAUCGGAGAAAACGGUUCCAUCUGUGUAUUAUAUGAACGUACCGAGCCAGAUCCCGAGGAAACAACAUCUUCCCACCAACAUCAUCAGCAACACCACCACCAACAUCAUCAACAACACCACCAGCAUCAGCAGCAUCAUCAACAGCAACACCAACACCAUCAGCAUCAGCAUUCUCGUUCUUCUCAUCACCACCACCACAAUCACCAUCAUCACCAACACCACCAGCAUCAGCAGCAUCAUCAACAGCAACACCAACACCAUCAGCAUCAGCAUUCUCGUUCUUCUCAUCACCACCACCACAAUCACCAUCAUCACCAACACCACCAGCAUCAGCAGCAACAACAGCAACAACAAUUUGAAAGCUGCAAAGACUCCCUUUUGCUCGAGCACACGCAAUUCAGCGAGCAAAUAGCGGCGUUCGUUUCAAGUUGAAGAAUUUAAUAUUAUUAUGAAAGAAAAGAUAAAUACAAUAUAAACCUAAUAAUUAAAAUAAUGAUGAUGAUACAAACAAAAGUAAGAUAUACAUAUAUAUAUAUAUAGAAAGGGAAGGAUAUAUAAAACGCAAAUGUAACGAGUGUUGUGGUUAUUAAUUCGACUCUCGCUCGUUAUAGUUUUUAUGUCUCUCGUCACCUCUCCACUGUCGUCUAAGUCGUCUAAAUCGUCGUCAUCGUCGUCGUCGUCCUAGUAGUUUACUCGUUGUCUCAUCGUUUUUUCGUCUUAAGUCGUUCUCAUCAAAUUUUAUCCUCUCGUAUCGGACCAGACAGAGAGAGGCCCACCACCAAUGUGUGUGUGUCUUUCUUUUUCUGCCUUUUUAUCUUUUUCGUUAGUUCGUUUCCUUCCCCUUCUUCCACCCCACCCCCUCAAACACCUUUCCUCUGAAUUUUCCGUUUAUUUUACUAUCACCAAGAAGAAACUGUAUUUUCGUUGAUUUUUUUCUCUUUUCUUUAUUUCUUUCUUUCGUGUCGACGGAAGAAGACAACACCGCAAUCAAUGCUCCAUAUUAUUAUUAUUAUUAUUUCUAAACCAACGAAGAAAUUUCACCUUUAUCUCUACUACUAAACACGGUUCCCAAACAACGAUCUAACGAAAGUUUCACCUUUAACAAUUAAAAUCUAUCUCUCUCUCUCAAUCCAAUUGUUUUUGCCAACAAUUUGUGAACACAACGGAUAUGAUGAAGUAUAUAAAGAAAGAGAAGCAACAAAAUAUAUGUGAAACUGGAUCGAAAAUGAUUAUUUUAUAUAAUGGAGGCUAAGAAAAAUAUACUCAAUUUAAUAAUAAAAAAAACAACAACAAAUAUCAUACAAACAAACAAAACACAUCUAGUCGAAACAGCCUUUCAUCAUCCAACAAAUGAAAAGAAGCAACAACAGAAAAAGAAAACAAAAUAAAAAAGAAAAAGAAAAAUUCAAAUUUUUCCUGAAGAAGUACAUAGAAAAAGGAAUAGAAUAAUAUAUAUUAUUUCUCUUCUUAUAAUUUUCACUAACUGUGUUACGAAGGAGGAGAUCUCUUGAUGUUGAAGCAGAAGAAGAAGAAGAAGAAACUGGAAAGAGAAGAAUGAAAGUAAAUGGGGAGAGGGAUAAAGAAGAAGAAGAAGAAGAAUAAAAAAGGAUAUAUUAUAUCGAGUUUCUUGCAAGCAAGCAAGCAAGCAAAGCUGCAUCAUCGUAGGUCAUCAUAAUCGUUGUCUGCCCUCCCCUAUCUUUUCCUUUCUUUAUUUCUUUCUUUCUUGCUUUGUUGAAUCUUUCAAACCGGACGAAUUGAUCUCAGCCUCUCCUCGUCUCGGUUUACAGAGGAAUUUCAAACGAAGAAGGAACAACGAAUCCUUCAACCACCAUCACCACCAUCACUACCAACCUCCUUCGUGUUAUAUAUUAAAACUCAACUAUUAUUUUUCUUUUUCCUCUCACGACGAAGAAGCAGCAUACAAACAUUACCAACCUAACUAAAACCCCUACUGUGUGGUGAUCUCUUAGAAAAAGAAGAAGAAGAAGAUGAUAAAAAGAGCAAGCUAGUUAGCAAGCAAACAAACAAAAAAGAAAAGAAAGAGAAGAGAGAAGAAGAAUAUAGAGAGGGUUCAAUACUUCUUUCUCGUUUACCUCUUUUACUCUCGUACUCUUUCUUUAUCUUUCUCUCUCUUGAUACAUUUAUUAUCUACGCAACAACAUUCGAUCAUCGUUAUAUUCAAAAUCCACUACCACCAACCCUUUUUGGUCUCUUCUGACUAAACUUUCAUGAAGGGUUAAAAAAAACAACGGUUUCUCCUUAUACUGGGCUAUAUGUAUAUGUAUAUAUAUAUAUAUAUAUAUGUUGCUCCUGUUGCUUAAUAUUAUAUUCUCUAUCCACUAUUUUUGCAACGAUAAUAAUCUAACGUUAAUUCAUCGUCAUCGUCAAGAAAA